ACAAAGUUAUCUACUUGGGUUCGCACCUAAUCUAGCUGGGUAAAGCUUGGAACUGCCAUGGCAGCACUGAGCUGCCCAUUUCAGCCCACAAACUGUAGGAGUAGUUGCAAAAUUAGAUUCAGGUCUACCAUCUCUUGCUCAAUGCAACCUUCACAGAACAACAUCAAGGUAGUAAUCAAUGGUGCAGUCAAGGAAAUAGGUAAGGCUGCAGUAGUUGCAGUGACCAAAGCUAGAGGAAUGGAGAUUGCUGGUGCCGUGGAUUCUCAUCUUGUCGGAGAAGAUAUUGGAAUUGUAUGCAAUAUGGAGGAAGCUCUGGAAAUACCUGUUAUAAAUGAUAUCACCAUGGUUCUGGGUUCCAUCUCUCAGUUGAAAGCAACUGGGGUUGUGGUCGACUUCACUGAACCUUCGACUGUUUAUGACAAUGUCAAACAGGCAACAGCUUUUGGCAUGAAGAGUGUUGUUUAUGUGCCUCGGCUUAGCUUAGAUACAGUAACUGCACUAUCUGCGUUCUGUGAGAAGGCCAGUAUGGGUUGUCUGGUCACCCCUACGUUGUCUAUUGGAUCCAUACUCCUCCAGCAAGCUGCCAUUUCAGCAUCCUUCCACUACAAAAAUGUAGAAAUUGUUGAAUCAAGGCCAAAUGCAUCAGAGCUUCCAACACCAAAUGCAGUCCAGAUUGCCAACAAUCUUUCUAAUCUUGGUCAGAUUUACAAUAGGGAAGAUCUUUCAACAAAUGUUUUGGCAAGGGGUCAAGUUCUGGGAGAAGAUGGAGUCCGCGUUCACAGCUUGGUCCUUCCAGGGCUUCCCUCCAGCACAGCAGUUCACUUCUCUGGGCCAGGGGAGGUUUACUCUCUUAAGCACGAUAUAACAGAUGUAAAGUGCCUUAUGCCAGGCUUACUACUGGCCAUCAGGAGAGUAGUGCGGCUCAAGAAUCUGGUGUAUGGCUUGGAGAAGUUUCUGUAGAGACUCAAUCUUCUUCAGCCUCGUCUAAUCACAGAGGAGAUUCAUUGCUGUGGGCUUCAACAGAUGAGAGUACAUUGCUGCUGAGACCAAAAACAUUUUUAACUCCAGAUCAAUACUUUGAACUAUCCAUGUCACCCUACACAGAUGUAAAAGAUAAACUAAGCAGAGAGAAUGAGAAUUAAAAAAGUGCCCUGUUAUUUUA